AUGUUCGAAUCAGGAGCUUUGCCGAGGGCGGAAGCAGUUUGGUUCAGUCUUGGCGUGCGGGUGGCGAAAGAGGAUGGUAACCGUGGUUUCAACUUUGGCCUGCAAGGCAACCUGCUCUCCCUUCGGCACUCUGUCAGGGUUUUAUUGUAUUGUGAUGGAGCGAGGGUUGGGGAGGCAAAGGAAGCGGAGGCUGCGGUGAGGCACGCCCUCGACGCCCAUCCCAACCAUCCCAGGAUUUAUAUUGAUAUGAUCCCGCGUAUAGCAGAAGAUGCUCAUGAUGACGAUUUGUGUGAGGACGAGGAGGAGAACAGAUUUCUGACGCAGAGCGACUCACAUUACAUCAGAUCUGCUCUCAGGUAGCAGGGGCGCGGGACGGUGGGGUUACUGCUGGUGGCAUCAGAGAUGAAUGUUUCACAAACAUUUUGGGUGGGCGCUGGCCGUGCAAAGGUUUCAAAUUUUGCUGGAAGUUGUGUGAUGAACUUCUUUUAAAUGGCAGUCACUUGCAGAUUGCUUGGUUUUGUAAUGAAUAAGUAAGGGUGUUGGGGUGAAUUGGUCCUUACAAGGAUAGCUUUGCUUUGCUUUAGUUUUGCAUGUUGUUACAUGGGAGGGCUAGCCCAUGACAUGCUGGUGUUUUUUAUUUUUAAGCUGAACCGGAUAAACCUGAGGGUGUAUUUUCAGUUUCGUGAUGAAUGACAA